AGCAACCAAACGACGGGCGCCGGGAUCACGCCCAAAACAGCCCCAAGCUCGAUGACGGACUCGUGCCGCCCAGUCUCUCGUUGAUGUAUCCAUCCCACUUUCGUUCACCCCCCACCUUCGCUCUAUAAUACUUCUUUUGCUGUUGACACGACUCACCACGCACCACGGCCCCCGACCGUUGAGGAACUAAUCGUGCCACCUCGUCUCUUCUCGCAUCGUUGCAUCGUCGUAUCGUCAUAUCGUCACACCACCGCGCCAUCGCACUAUUCCGAGACCCUUUAGACCUCCGAGUCUUUCUACUCAAGUGUUUUUUUCGCCUCUUGCUGCCGCCGGAACGGGACAACUGCCGCCGACAUCAGGUCCGGCUGCGGUUCUUGCAGGCUUUCCUCCGACUACUACCCCUCCCGCGAAGAAACUACCCUUCGGUUCGAGUCGCCGAACGGCGGGGGCCCUGACCGGCCUCAACCUCCGCAACCAUGGGCUUCGGAGAUUUCGACAGCAUCUGCCGCAUGGCACCACUGCCGCUAUGCUCGUCCAUCGGCCCGAUAACAUCUAUCGCGAGCGGCGUGGGGAUAGAGCCGGACUGUUACGCGCGCAACAUUGAGGUGGCCAACACCAUGAUCUUUCAAGGCGCCGCGAGCGCCAUGCACAUCGUGGCGCUGGUCAUGACCGUCGUCAUGGUGCUGCACGUACGGGGAAAGUUCACAGCAGUUGGCCGAAAGGAGAUCCUUACCUUCUUCUACCUCUACAUGCUCCUCACCUUCCUCUCCCUCUGCGUCGACGCCGGCGUAGUACCACCGGGCUCGGGGCCCUAUCCCUAUUUCGUCGCCGUCCAGGCCGGGCUCAGCUCGGCGCUGGUGACCUGCUUGAUGAUCAACGGCUUCGUCGGCUUUCAGCUGUACGAGGACGGCACGCCGCUCUCGCUCUGGAUGCUGCGGUUCUGCUCCGCCGCGGCCUUCGUCAUCUCGUUCCUCGUGGCCCUGGCGACCUUCAAGACGUGGGCCGGGCUGGGUCCUACCAAGACGGUCGGGCUGUUUGUGGUGCUGUACCUGCUGAAUGCGGUGCAGCUGUUCGUGUACGUGGUCCUGCAGAUCCUCCUCGUGACGCGCACGCUGCAGGACCGCUGGCCUCUGGGCGACAUCGCCUUUGGUGUUUUCUUCUUCGUCGCCGGCCAGGUCAUCCUGUACGCCGCCAGCUCGCCCAUCUGCAACGCCGUGAGCCACUACCUGGACGGCCUCUUCUUCGCCACGACGUGCAACCUGCUCGCCGUCAUGAUGGUGUACAAGUACUGGGACUCGAUCACUAAGGAGGAUCUGGAGUUCUCGGUCGGCACCCGCAUGAACAAUUGGGAGGUUAAGGACCUGCUCCCCGAGGAAGACCGCCGGGCCACCAUGUACCACGACGACCCAUACGGCCAAUCAACGGCCUAUGACACCCCAUUUUCGCCCACUUCGAAUAGGUAUUCGAGGUACUAAGUCUUUUGAACCAAGCUUCGGUCCCGAAUGGUUUGGGGGCCAGCGGCAAAUGGUGGUGGUUGCCGCUGUGCCGCACCCCCCCCCCCCUCCCUGGCGUAGGAAUGCGAUGCAGUGCAAUGACCAUGUUCUAUUUUUGUUUCAUCAGCAUCAGCGUGUUGGCUGUUUUCUUUCUGGCGUUGGGGUGGUUUUCUGAACGGGAAACGAAUGGUUCACGGGACAAAGUAGCGGUUGUGGUUUUAAUUAGCUUAAUAAGUGGCGAGGGGGAGAGAAGUGCCGGUUUAUGGUGUAGAGUGGUGGUACUCGACUUCCUUUGCUUGUGGUCUAUUGCUGCUUGGACGCAAUCUUCUACGCCUUUUUUUCUUUAAUUCAAUACAGCCGUAUUCACCAGUUAGCUUACCCUACUAUUUCUGCUGCUGUAAUGGGGCCCAACGGGGCGAAGCAGCGAUUCAUGAACUUGCGCCAUGCAAGUUUGUGGCUAUUUUUGUGUUGCGCUUGUUGGAACGGGCACCAAUUCCACG